AUGUACGAGUCGAGCGAGCGAGCUGGCGACAUCAUCCAACCAGCCCUCUCCCUCCUCCUCUUGAUUUCCCUCGCUACGGCCAAACACAGCUUGCCUACCUGUCAGGGGGCCCUCGCAUCGCUAGACAGUCCUACCGCGACCAGUACGGCAACCUCACGACAGCGCUCGUCGCCUCUUUCUCUCCUCGACCAUCCCCUCUUCCUCCCGACUCGCAAGCCCUUUUCCUCGAUGCGGCCCCGUGCAGCGCGAAUGUGGCCGGACGCAGACGACCCUGAGGAUGGACAAGGCGUGUUCUCGGCUACCGCGACGGGUCGUCUGCGCCAGGGCGAAGUCACUCGUACGGGACGUCCUCCGACCCUCUUCCCUCGCAUCGAUCGUCCUCGAGUCGAGGCGCCCGCACCUCUACUCGACGCAUCGACGCGUCGACAGGCUCCCGGGUCCAGUCUCGCCGAGCCGGAAUCGCCUGCCUUCGGAAGCGCUUCCCGCUUCGCGCCUCGCUCGGGUCGCCAGACGGGCGCCGUCCUCGACACGUACUCGGCCGCCCAAACUGGUCGUCACCCAUGCGUCCCUUCCGCCUUCGAGACUUCUGCACCCUUCCCUUCGCCACGACCUGCGUCGAACACGGCCUCAACGUCCGUCCGCUCAACUCUUGGGCGAGGAGAACACUAUCAGAGUCUUUUUGACCCCCUCGUCGGCCGGAGUAUCGCUAGCCAGUCCGUCUCGGCCUACUCCUCGACCUCGUCGACCUCGCUCAAGACGGCGCCUUCGCCCUUCGACUUGCGCCCUACUCUCUACCCGGCGUCGUCCACCUCGUAUAUGCCCGAAGACUCGGCGUGUGUCCCUUUCGCUGCCGCAUUCUCGCCGCCGAGUCCGAGCCCUCGCGCCGACCAGCGCCGUCACGAGGACGCCUCGCCUGCGCAGUCGCGCCAUCCGCCCAUCCUUCGACCGUCUCCCGCCUCGCCCGCCGUGCCCUCUGGUCAGAGCGGCCCUUCUUCGCUCGCAUCGCCUCCAGACCUUCCGCCGCGCGUUACAACUAAUCGCAACCGCUCGACUAGCCGCAACGCUGCGUCGCGGCAGCCCAGAGGGACCUGCGGGGAAUCUGCGCUGGCUGACGACCCGUCGUUCGUGAGCGGUCUGCAAGAGCCGCCUGGCGUCGAUGACCGAGAGUUCGACGCACUCCCACUGAAUCAGCCGCCCAGUCGAGCCUACAACACGGACGAGUCGGCCAGUCGCCAUGCCCUUCGCGCUCCUUCGCCUCCUCCCUCCCCCGACGCUUCUACCUCGCCGCCGCUCGCACCUGCCUCUCCGCCUCCGCUGUCCUACCCACCGGACGCCGCAAGGACGCAGGUAUCACCGCAGAGUCUCCCUCGUCAGAAGCGGCGUCCGGCAGGUCCGCCUUCCCCCUCGCCCGACGCCUCCACCUCGUCGGCCGCCGCACCCGCCUCUCCGACUCUGUCGCCUUUCCCGUUCGAUGUUGCGAAGGCGCAGGCGUCGUCGCAGUCUCGCCCGUACAAGAAGCGGCGUACAGCAAGCACGACCCGCUCGAACGGCGAGUCUGCGACGCCGAUCCAGUCAACGCCUCCGCCUACCUCGGAGGCCGCGGUCGACAACGGCCGAGUCGCCGAGAUGGUCGAUGCGACGACCCCUCCGCCGCCUUCGGACUCGGAGCCCUCCGACUCGCCCCCUCCUCGUCCCGAUCUGCGCUCUUUCUACGUCGGUCUGCCCCGGCUGCCUCCCACCGGUCCCCUCUCGUCGGCGUACAACGUCAAACUCCUCAAGCAACUGGCCGAUUCGUACGCCGCGCGAGACCUCAAAGCCUUCGCGAGCCCACCCCAGGUCGCGCAGUCUCUCGCGCAGGCUCAGUGGCGAGUCUCCGGAGGCAAGGACGGCGACUUGCAGGAGCCCGAUCCCAACUUCAUCUUCCUCACCGAGUACGAUGCCGCUUUGAGGUUUUCGCGCGACGUUGCCGACCGGUACGAGAUCGAGCUCGACGAAACGCGCAAAUUUGUCAUCUGCGGCUGGACGGCGCCCAGACAUGGGCAUCACGUCUUCUACGGUGACGAUUGCAGGGGUCCGACUGCGGCGAUCGUGCGGGCUCUCGAUGAGGCGGUCGUCCGCUGCUUUGAAGUUCCGUGCGCCUUUGUCGACGUAGAGGCCUUUGCGCCGACUCACGACGAGACCUUGCGGUACAAGAGGGAGGACCCGAACAAGUCUCGCCGAUGGAGUCGACGGGCGGACGCGAUGGAGGCGGAGGCGUACGGGAGUGUGUAUCGCGCGACUCUGCGCUUCGAGAAGGCGCGCAUGGUCGGCGCGCUCGUCCUCGGGGAGGUGCCCGCUUACUACCUCGGCCUCUCCGAGCUCGGCUUCCCUGUGCUCGAGCCCGAGUUGCGCGGCCCUUCGCCACCCAGGCCGAUGCGCUACGCCCUCGCCCCUCAUCCCCGCUCCCUGGUCAGCAACAGCGACAAGGACCGAUUCUCGCUCGGCUUGUUUGCCCAGGUCCUCGCGGUCUUCCAGGUGUUCAAGUCCAGUGGCGACUUUCCUUCGGUGCGCCUCAAGGACGUCUGGGAGGCGUUCCGCACCGCCUACGGUCAUCGCAAGGUUCCCGACUGGUGGGAGGUCCGCAAGCUCCUGCGCAAGCACAAGGCCGGCGGCGACGUCGACCCCGACGACGACGACCUUCUCCCGCAGGACCUCCGUCCCGCCUCUUGGCUCCCUGUACCCGUCUUUCAUGCAGCCUCCAAGCGUGGUUGCGGCGCGCACAUCGUCGUAUCCCGCUCGGCCCGCCACGUCGAGACUGGUCGUUACCUCGCCGUCGUCCCGCAGCACUGCCCGGGAUGCGGAGGAGACCUGACCGAGGACAACGUCGAUUUGCGCGCGUCGCUGGGGGUGGUCUUUGCGGCGGACGUGUCUCGCUUGGUCGAAGAGGGCAAGGUCCUUCGGGACGCAGUCGUCGAAUUGCUCGACGAAGACGAGUAG